ACCUCCUAUUAAAGUGGUUAUCUCGCUUGGAGUUUAUCUUUGGGAUUUAAUUUGCACUUUUUCCUGGGAGCAAGUUAGAAUUAGAGAGAUGGUCAAGCAAAUCCGUGUUGUGACGUUGAAUUGCUGGGGGUUGUGGUACCUAAGCAGUCAUCGGGAGAAGCGAAUAAGCCACCUUGGAGAUGAGCUUGCUAGAGGGCGCUAUGACAUUGUCACAUUGCAAGAGAUUUGGAUGGAGAAAGAUUACCAAAGUAUAUGUGAUAAGGCGAAAGAUGUCCUGCCCUAUCAUCACUACUUCCACAGUGGCUUUCUCGGAAGCGGCAUGUGCAUUUUGUCCAAGUGGCCCAUAGUAGAUACACUGUACCACAGCUACUCCCUGAAUGGCUACGCGUAUCGCAUCCUACAAGGGGACUGGUUCGGAGGGAAGGGAGUCGGACUGUGUGUGAUUGAACUUGAAGAUUUCACUGUCAACGUUUAUACAACUCAUAAACAUGCCCUGUAUGCACCCUCCCACGUCUUCUCAGAGGAUGAGCACUUCACGCAUCGUCUCCUGCAGGGCUACGAACUGAGCAAGUUUGUACGAUUCACAGGAACCAACACCGACCUGAAUGUGGUGACCGGCGAUUUCAACACGGAGGAUUUCUCCCUGGGGUUAAAGGUCGCUAAGGUCAACGCUGACCUCAGGGACGCUUGGUUGGAUCGACCCAAUCAGUGCAUGGAUGAGCCCUGCUGCACUGUAGAAGCACCAGAUAAUAGCUACACCAAAACCCAGACAAGCUACUAUGUACACCACCCAGGCAUGCGCAUUGACUAUGUCAUGUAUGGUACCAAACCGAUAUGCCAUACCACCUGCCUGGAUAGCAGAUUGACCUUCAAAAGGAUCCCAGGAACUGAUAUUAGCUACUCGGACCAUGACGGGGUCGAGGCACUCUUUGAACUUAAAAAGGUCAAAGGGGAAGUUCAAAAACCUUCAGACAACACACAGAACCGCCUUGCCGUCCUGCAAGAGAUCCUACCCUACCUCGAUGACUCCAUCCCAAAAAUCAAACGCCAACGCGCCAUCUAUCUCCUCACGUCCCUCCUUCUAUUUGUCCUACUGACAUCCCUCUGGUUGAGUGGUACGUUCCAUUGGUGUACCAGUAUUUAUGCUCGUUCAGGGGCCCUGGUCGUCUUACUGGCACUGGUUGUGUUGGGCUUGGGGGCGCUGAGUAUCGGAGUUUCAGUCAAGACGACGGAGUUGAAUCAGUUAAUUGGGAGGAAGAGGGAUGUAAUGCUGGAAGCGAGAAGUCUGGCAUCGCGGCUCAAAAAGAAGUGAGAAAAUAGAAUCAUACAAGUCAAAAUGAUGUUGCUGCUGAAUCUUUUAAUUUUUGUUUUAAUUUAUUUGUCUAAGCCUGUGUCCAUGAUACGGAGAUACAAGAUACGGAGUUACAUAACUGGGGAUUGCAAAGUAGAUUUUCAUCCGGUUUGAAAUUCACACCCCUAUCAUGUAUCCUGAUCAAUUUUAUGUGUGACGUCAUCACUUUGUGCAUUCUUCUCGUACGUGAUACAAAAAGUGUGACACACGUGACAGCCCAUUGACACAGGUUCAGUACGUUUAAAUUUCUGUCUAUUCACUCAAAAUUUCUACAAAUUUAAUAAUGAUAUCAACUUUACGUUCUUAGUUUUAUGAUGUACCAGACAGGUCGGAUUGCAAUUGGAAGCUCAUAAGAGUGAUUUCUUUCACGAUGUGUUGGGAAUUUUGAGCAUUUUUGUGACAAAAAAUUGUGAUUUGGUUUCCUCAGCAGCAGUACAUAUAUGCAGUGGUGUGAUGUUGAAACUGAAAUUUGAACACGUAUUAGUCGUAAUCAUACAUAUACGGAUACAAAAUUUGUUUUGGAAGUUGAAAGUUUGUAAUCUCAACGCAUCCCCAUUAU